GAUCUCCGGGUCCACAAAUGGAUGGUUAGUCACUUGAUAGUAAGUAAACUACUAUGUUGAAACUGCACGUCGUUUACUGUCCGCCAGGCCUGAACAAUUUGACCAUCGACCAAUCCAGAAAUAGCUCACUUACUUUCAUCCUAGCCAAUCCAAAUAAUCCAAACAUCGCAAAAGCAGCAGGACACUGGUCCGGGGUUCCGUGACUCUGUUGUACCCCACAGUUGAUGCUUGUCAACUGACCCUGUCCUCUUGUCCUUCAAUAUGGUGGUGCCAUAUUCGCCAUUCUCGUGGUUCAGCAUCCUCAUGCCAAAAGCGAAAGCGAUUUAAAGGGAUAGAGUGCUUGGGAGAAUGGAGAAGCGUUCUCUCUUGCAGCUUCAUCCUGACCUUUGAAAGACUCGUUUAUAACCCCCCCUCCAAAGGCAUGUCUACAGUCGACCGUGAAAAUGGUAGCUACGACGAGAAGGGCUCAUUGGAGCAAGCAGAUCAAAAGAGGAACCAUGUAGAAGUGACAGAAACCCCUCCGCCAGCCAAUUCUUGGGCCGGGACAGCAGAGGAAACGAGACUCGUGAGGAAACUGGACAUGCGUAUCAUGCCUCUCACUUGUAUCUUAUACCUAUUCUCUUACCUUGAUCGUACGAACUUGGGCAAUGCUCGAUUGCAAGGCCUUCCGCAGGACACGCUUGGAGGUGACUCGACAGGUGUACUGUUCGAUUGGGUUAACUCGGCCUUCUUCUUCUCCUACAUCCUAUGUCAGGUUCCCGCGUCGGUGACUUCAAAGCUCUUCCCUCCUCGAAUCUGGCUCGGGUGUGCUGCGGUGGGUUGGGGUCUUGCGUCGACUCUCAUGUCGACAGGAUUCAACUUCCCCGGUAUGAUCGUCCCCCGUGUCUUUCUUGGUAUCUUCGAGGCUGGAUUUGGUCCAGUGAUUCCACUCUAUUUCUCGUUUUGGUAUACCAAACAUGAAAUGGGAACACGCAUGGCAUAUUGGUUCAGCUUCGCUGCUGUAGCUGGCGCAUUCGGUGGCUUGAUUGCGUUCGGGGUCCAACAUGCUCAAACUGCGAUAGCGAACUGGCGGCUUCUUUUUAUCAUCGAAGGUAUACCGACUGUGUUAAUGGGAUUCAUAACAAUGUGGUUGUUACCGAACAGACCUGAAGAAACGAGUUUCUUGAAUGAGGAUGAAAGGAGGAUCCAACUGGAAAGGAGGAGUAGAGGGUUGAAAGCGGACGUUGGGAGAGUCGUUAACAAAAAACACAUCUCUGCUGCCUUCAUGGACUGGAGAAUCUACCUCGCAGGGGUUAUCUAUUUUGGAGCGAACUGCGCCCUGGCGUCCAUCUCCGCUUUCUUACCUACUAUCAUCAAGACCUUCGGUGUUACGAAUGCCAGAGCACAAUUGCUCACUGUCCCACCUUAUGCUGUCAGUGCUGUCGUCCUGACGUUGACGGCUUGUGUCUCGGAUCGAUUGCAGAGUAGAGGAAUCCCUAUGUCGUGUGCCACAUGUGUUGGUGGGAUUGGAUACCUAUUGCUCUUGACGGUUCCGGAUGAUAAUCAUGUCCGGUACUUUGCCGUCUUCUGUAUUACCAGUGGGACCUAUACUCUCCUUGGCAUUAUCAUCGCCUGGAUGGCACACAACCUAGGUUCAGAGACGAAGAAAGCGACAGGAAUCCCGAUGUAUAUGGCCAUAGGCCAGUGCGGUAGUGUGCUCGGGUCGCACAUCUACCCGACAGUCGAGGGACCGAGAUACAUCAAAGGCUUUGCCGUUUCGUGUGCCCUAGAGUUCGUGGCUUCUAUUUGCAGUAUUGUCUUAACAAUCUCAUAUAGGCUGGAAAAUAGACGAAGGGAUAAGAAGUAUGGUAUUCCCGAUCCCGAUGCUGCUGUGGACACUACCGAGCUUGCUGACGAGGCUCCGAUGUUUCGAUACGUUCCAUGAGCCUGUCGAUGUCGUUCUGCGGAUGAGGAUAAUUUUUCGAGCGGAGGGAAAGGGCUUGAAUGAACAACGAACGCACCACAAUAAUGAAGGACUGUUGAAAUGAAAUAGCGACAUGACGCUUGACAAUAUCGUUACACAUACGCUGACUGCGUUAUCUGUACUAUAGUGUGUCCUUCAUGAUAUUUGCGAGAAAUACCUGUUGUC